AUGGAUUCCAAUUCUCCUCACAUCUUCAUUGAUCGUUUAAUCGCUGAAUUGUCACAGCCAGCACUGUCAAAGACUAUAAAACCACUGAUGCUAACAUUGCACUGUCUGUUUCCAAAUGACUUCCUCCCUGCUCUUGAUAUCCUCGAUCGCAAACUAGUACGUCGGAUUGUACGCUCAGAUCGAUCUUCCACAUCCCAGAUCCAAGAGGACAUUUUCGUCGUAUUAUCUACAUCAAUUCCGCCUUCACUUCCCGGCUCCUCAAUCCCCUCCCAAGAAAAGGGCUAUGAGGUUAGGCUGCGUGCCUGGAAUUGCAGCUGUCCUACAUUUACCCUGUCUGCAUACCGAGACCCUCAACUCCUGCAUGAUUCGACAAACAAACAGAACCAGUUGGCCUACUCAUUUGGCGGAACCUUAGCUCGUGGUACGGCUCGGGUGUCGCCUCCUACCUGCAAACAUAUUCUCGCCUGUAUUCUACAUGCACGGUGCCCUGAGCUGUUCGGGGUUGAUGGGGAUGACAGGCUCGCCGUUUCCAAGGAGGAACUGGCAGGCUGGUGUGCUGGUUGGGGUGGUUGA